AUGUGCCUUUCCGCUGAAGACGUGAGCCACCACCGCCAACCGUGGAUGCCGGCAAUACAUUGCACUGUCGUAUCUUCCUUGCUCUCAGACGCCGCCACCACUUUAGUCGCCGGACAUCGCACACAGAUGGGGAAGAACCAUCGUGACCCUCCAGCCGCCGCCUUGGUGAGGCGAUCACCACCUGGUCGCUGCUACUUCGCCGUCAUGGAGCCUCCUAGUGUCGCUGACAUCCUCCUUCGUCGUUGCUGCUUCACUUCAUCUUUUCUUCUCCCUCAGUUCGUCGAAGCACCACCACUAAAGUCAGGUCAGCCUCCGCCGCAGUCCGUACCCACUGAAGACAGAGCGGUCACCGAGGCUAGCCUCUUGUCGCCACCAUUCAUGCUGCCGUUUCCGCUCCAACUGCCGCCGUCAACCCCCUUCAAGAUCGAUGAAGAACUACUCAGUGGGUGUUUCUGCACAUGUGUGUGA